AAUAUAAUACCAAAUAGAGACAAAGAAACACUAGGUGAUUCUUCACAUUUGUCCUAAUCUUGGCAAAAAAAGUUAUUAGUUGAAGCAUACAAAAGCUGAUUCGGACACCAUAAUUAUUAAAAAAAAAAAUAGUAUACUACCAUACAUCAUACUAUAAACUACUCCAUAGUAACCAUCUAGCUAGCAAGCUAGAUAUUUUCUAUCAAUAAUAAUACACAUAAAUAUAACGUGUUACUUUAUAACUAAAGGUACGUAUAGUAACCAUCCUUAUCUAUAUGAGAUCAGAGAGAAUCAGAGAGAAAAUGUAUUUAUUACAAUAUAACAAAGUUAGCCUACUUCAUAUUCCAUUAUACACCUAAUUAAUCGAUCCGUCGGUGAUUAUUAGUGGACACUUUACAGGUACCCACAUGCCUGCAACUCACUAAUAUAAUUCAUCAAAUAACUACUAUUUUUUUUUUUGGCUACCAUCCAAAUAUUCUUCUUCGUCUUCAUCCAAUUAAUAUAUGUGUACAAGUAAAUAGAGAUUAUUGCAAUUUGGGGUACCAGCUAGCUAGUAUGCAGGACCAAAGAAGAAGUUUCUCAUUCAGUUCCUUUGACUUUAACUCUUCUAGUAAUAGUGCUGGCGUAUUCUCUUCUGAUGAUGAUGAAUUUUUUGCUAGUAAUUUCUUUAUGUAUGAUACGGAGGACGAUGAUGAUGAUGACGCGUACAUUGAAAUAAACCUUAAUUCAUCGCGGCCUACACAAACAACGGUGCUAGAGCAAAAGAAGUCUAGUUCUAAUUCUUCAGAGGUGGAGUUGCGGAUAUCUUUUUCAUCAGCUGGAAUUCCACCAACAUGCGGUACCACACAACAUGCACAGGGAACAACGAUGACGACGAUGACUAAGCCAAGGCGUAAUUUUGUAUCGUUGGCUCGCAUUGUGAAUGAGCUCAUGACUGCAUCGUCGGCCAAGACAUCAAAUUCAGUUAGAGCAAUAGAAGCUACUAAUGUUGCCAUUGAACAUGGACGUGGUCAUCUUCCGCCUGUCUCUAAAUCUGAUUGCACGGAGAUGAUACGCAACAGGAAAGACUGUACGAUGGUUGCUUCAAAGAGCAACGACAUUAUGAACUUUAUUGUGAAAUUCAAGUACAAAAAUAUUCCAUCAAUGUUAGUUUCAAUGGUGACACCCAAAGCCAAAAGCGGACAAAUGCGUGCCAGGCAACCGUUGCUACAGCGAGGCAGCAGCACCUGCUGGUGCAGGGAUCCAAUGAACAACGAUAAUAGGAAAUUAAAAAAUCGCAACCACUCUGAUCUUGAUUAUCAAGAUCUGAAUCGUGACAAAUCAACAUCAUCAUCAGUCGCUGACAUAUUAAAUUUUAAGGCAAUAAGAAGAGUAUUGAACGCUAUGAUUAUCAGGACAAGUUGUUAUUAUACAAGCGCAAGAAUAGGAACAUUAUCCGUCAACAAGCACAAUAAAAGUAAAAGUUGUCCAAGCUCUAUUAAGUCGUCACCAAUACAUAGCAAUGUAUGUGAUGAUGAAGUUAGAAGAUUUUAUUCAAAGGAUAAUUGUGUUCAGGCAGCUAUUGCUCACUGUAAGAAAUCAUUUGGCACUCAAGCUGAAUUUGAUUUUCAUCUUUGAAUUAGGAAGCCUCCUCUUAAUUAGUUCUUCCUUUUCUGGACU